GAAACAGCUAUGGAGAGAGGCAAAUUGCACAGAAGCCUCAAUUUUCCACAUAUUCGAAUAUCCAAAAAAUAAAAUAAACAAUUUAUGACACAAUUAAAAAAUCGAACCAGUAGAGCAGACAUCAUAAAAUAGCCAAGAAAUUGGAAGAGGAAAGAGAGACAUAGACUAGGAGAAGGAAAGAGAGAGAGAGGCGGAGAGAUACGGAGUAUACAGAUCGGAGGAGAGAAGAGGAUGCCUGAGUGACGCCGGAGAGGGAAGAAGAAUCGACGACGGUCGUCGAUCGCCGACGAAACUGGGCAGCGGCAGAGUACGGCUCCUGCGCUCUCUCUUUAUCGAUCGUGCAAAGUCUGACGGAACUCUCAAUUUCCGUUUAUUAAAAUGUGAUACUACAAUCCAAGUUCUACCGCCCAACCAGAUCCACGCGCCACAGUCCUCCGUCGCUCAACUCACCAUGGCGGCCUCCUCCGCCGCCGCAGUUGAUAGGCUGAACAGAGAAGACUGCAAGCAUACCAAGCACGACUCUGCUUUCUCCGAAUGGAAGAUAUUGGUAGGGCCGAAUGAUUGGCAAGACUACGUUUCUGGGAUCGAGGGAUCCGAAAGAUAUAGAACUCAGAACCUUCCAAAUUGUGCUUCUUGCCCCGGAAUCUAUGAGCUCGGCAUAACACCUUCAAAUCCUAGGCGAGAGACGGCUAACCACAGAGUUGAUUCUGCCAUUGUUUUUCCAGUUUAUGUUGGACAAGCUGACAAUGUUAGGACUAGACUUCAGCAGUACGGCCGGGAUGGCUCACAUUUAGAGAAUGGUUGCUCAAAAGGUGAUUUGUCUUGGGACAAGAAUGCCCCUUGCAGCAAGGGCCCUUCGUUCUUCACUUGUGCAUUCUCUAGAGGCCUCACUGUUGUCUAUAGGUGGGCUCCGAUGAAAAGCAAGAAAGACGCCGAGAAGGCAGAAGCUCAACUGCUUGAUAAGUUUGAUUAUGCUUGGAACACAGACAGUAAUGGCGCGAGACGCCAGAGCGACGUCUUUUACAAACUUGACUUGAUCUCUUCAAGAGCAUCUCCCUCGUUUUUUCCCUCCAUCAUCAGGAGGCUUAAGUUAUCACUUCAAAGACCAAAGGGCAUCAAGAUUGAAGUUUGUGAUCCGCCUCCAUCAGAGAACGGAUCUUAUUUCUAUGGGAAUACUAAAAGUAAUCAUUUCCUUCCCCAGAUUUUCAAAUUCGGGAGGUCCCGGCCAGGGGUAGUUUCAGUGGACUUUGACAUUAAGGAAAAUCUUAGCAUCUGUGGAGUUGCACUAGGGCAUGGAUCGGUUUGUAUAAGGUCACCAGUUAAGGGAAGAAAAAGAUGUUGUGAACACAAGGGGAUGAAGAUCAAUGGUUCAUUGAAUUCAAAGUUGAUUGCUGAUGACGGGAGUUCAAACGAAACUCUCAUUUGUGGCUUUGUCUUAGAAAAUGGUUCUCCUUGUGCGAGUAAACCGUUUGGGAAAAACAAAAGCAAAACCAGACCAAAUCAAACAAAUCCAAUAUAUCUCACUCAAGAUGACGCUCCAAAGUUUGGCUGGAGGAGCUCGUAGGGGGUGAUUAUCUUGGAAAAGUUGUUCAGGUUGUUCCAAACAUCACCGAUGCCACUGGACCCAAUCUGUAAGAGAUGUCAAACUCGCGAGGAAAAGCAAAAAGACAUUUACUCUCUUUGUAUUGAGAAUGCAGGAAGGGCGAGUCUACAUAUUUGAUGCAACUUCACAUCCAUUCAUCAUCACUGCUGCGGUGUCAAACGUUACUACAGAUUUACUAGAAUCCAGGACCAAAGGGAGUGCACUUUCGAUUCUACUGAUACUAAUUUGACAAGAAAACAAUUGUGCUUUGUACUCACAACUGCAAUCAGGAUUUUCUAGCAAGGUGUUGUGGAAUGAUCCUAGAAUUUGAAAAUUGUUAGAAAAGUAUUGCACAAAUGAGUGUCACGGACGGCCAAAAGACCACUGUGUCACAGGUAGGGGCAAGCCAACCAAGGCAUUCCAGAUAUAUACUACUAAAUCAUUUUCUGCAUG